AGUGUUAUUUUUUUUUCUGAGAGUGUCAGAUCUGUGACGAAGAGGAAGCUUCGCUAGAGCCACAGAUGUAAUUAGACAACUGAUAAUAAUGUGAAGUGGGACAUAAUGAUUCUCUUCAGUGGACUGGACAGCCACCAGUUCUCCAAAGCCAUGCACACCACACUCUAAGAAGACACAGUCAUGGUCAUCACUGACAGGAACCCCACAGUCUCCAAAAAGGAGGCCCAGAAGAAGAAGUGGAAGUCGCGGCCGCAUGGUCUGCCGUCCCCAGCCCUAUGCUGUGCAUGUGGCCUCUGCAUCAUGUUGGCAGGACUCAACAUCACUCUGGUGGGCGCGUUUGCCUUCAGCACACUGGUGCCUUCUGCCAACCCGCCCAUCAUUAUCGGACCCAUCCUCCUGCUUGUGGCCUUCUCCUUUUUCGGGGCGUGCUGUGUGUGUAGCCGUCUGCCUCCUCCGCACAGCUCACGUCAUUCAAACGUGGGUGGCCGGGGUGCUGGGUUAAUGGGACAUGGGGGCCUGGCUGGAGGAGCCACCUUUGAGAUAGAGACCAGCGAGCACACGCUGCAGGACACCACAGCGGUACAGCUCAGCCCCACCUCCUCUCGUGGAUCCUCACAGGUGUCCAGCCCAGAGAAGGUGCUGGUGAAUCAGGAUGGAGCAGGGACAUGUAAGCUCUUCACCAUGGAGGCCAAUGGUCCAUCCUCUCUGUCUGGCACUGCAGUGUACUCAACCUUCUCAGGAGGAGAGGUCCGGCUCAAUCUGCCGUGUGAGCAAGUGGGCACCUAG